AUGAAUGCUGCUCAAACACAAGAUAGUUUUAUAAUGAAGCCUAUUGAUCAAAGAGAGCGCACCCGAAGUCGUAAUGAUGUUCUGACUCGUCGCCUGAAGAACCGAGAACGACAACGUAGGUAUAGGGCCCGGAAGCGCCUUGAAGCAGAUAUGAAGAAGCCUAGCAUCAUAAAGCAAUCAACUCCACCACAAGUAGAAGUGCAAAUGAAUGGAUUUGUUAGCAAUUAUGUACCCCGUGUGCACUGUAAACGAGAUUGGAAAAAGGAUGCAAGGAGGGCUCGUGUUUCUGAGUAUCCUGAAGUUACACCUAAUGGUUGUGGUGUCCUUACUCCUAUGUCAACCAGUGAGAGUCAAACUGUGUUAUUAUCUGGAACUACGGCAGAGCCACUAUUAGAUAGUGAAACCCAUUCCGAGAUAUCUGUGAACCAGAAUAACUUUGAAAUGCAUAGACCCAAACUGUGUCGAAGAGAUUGGAAAGCCGAUGCAAGGAAGAAGAAAAACUAA